AUGAUUUUUGCGCCAAAUGCUCAACAAGCUGGGCUUGAAAACAGCUCACAGCCUGAGGAAUUUUGGCUUUUGCACAAAGCGGUUGAUCGGGUUUUGUGUGAACCGAUUUUCAAAGAACAACCUGCUAAGGGUGGAUUGCUGGCGCUGAAAUGCAAGAAUUUUUUGAUUAUUAUCUUUGAGAUUGGUGAUUUUGAGGCUUGUAAAGCGGCUGCUAGAACUAUUGAAGCACUUUCGAAUAUUAGUGAGUUUUUGGUGAUUGUUUUGAUGAAAAUUGUGGAUGGGAUCUGAAAAAUCGAAUUUUCGAAGUCUGGGAGGUGAAAAAUCAGAUAUUCCGAGUAUGAGAGCUAAAAAAUCGUAUUUUCUUGGUCUGAGAGCUGAAAAAUUGGAUUUUCCGAGUCUGGGAGGUGAAAUUUCCGAUUUUUCUUGCUAUAGACUUGAAAAAUCCCAUUUUUCCGGUUGUAGACCUGGAAAAUGAUGUUUUUCAAGUCCCGGAGCUGAAAAAUCGUGUUUUUCUUGUCUGAGAGCUAAAAAAUAAGAUUUUCCGAGUCUGAGAGCUGGAAAAUCGUGUUUUUCUGGUCUAAGAGCUGAAAAAUAAGAUUUUCCGAGUCUGAGAGCUGGAAAAUCGUGUUUUUCUGGUCUAAGAGCUGAAAAAUAAGAUUUUCCGAGUCUGAGAGCUGGAAAAUCGUGUUUUUCUGGUCUAAGAGCUGAAAAAUAAGAUUUUCCGAGUCUGAGAGCUGGAAAAUCGUGUUUUUCUUGUCUGAGAGCUAAAAAAUCUAGUUUUUAUGGUCUGAGAGCUGAAAAAUCCCAUUUUUCCUGUUGUAGACCUGAAAAAUUCAAAUUUUUCUGCUCUAAGACCCGGAAAAUCGGAUUUUUCACGUCUGGGAGCUGAAAAAUCCUAUUUUUUUGCUCUGGGACCUGGAAAAUCGAAUUUUUCGCUCCGAGACCCGAAAGUUCGAAUUUUCUGGGUUACGAACCUUGAAAAUGUGAUUUUUUCAAGCCCGGAAGCUGAAAAAUCCCAUUUUUCCGGUUGUAGACCUGAAAAAUGAUGUUUUUCAAGUCCCAGAGCUGAAAAAUCGAGUUUUUCUGGUCUGGAAGCUGAAAAAUCCGAUUUUUUUGGUCCUGAACCUUGAAAAUUUGAUUUUUCAGCUCUAAGACCCGGAAAAUCGGAUUUUUCACGUCUGGGAGCUGAAAAAUCAUUUUUUUUGCUCUUGGAUAUAGAAAACCGGAUAUUUUCGCUCUGAGACCAGCAAAUUUGAAUUUUCUGGUUUACGAACCUUGAAAAUGUGAUUUUUUUCAGCCCAGAAGCUGAAAAAGUGGAUUUUUUUGCUCUACGACCUCAAAAAUCGCUCCAAGAUCCAGUUUUCCAUGAAAAAUCAGAUUUUUUUGCUCCGGGAGCUCAAAAAUUUAAAAUUUUUCGUCUUGAACCUCAAAAAUUACUCCAAGACCCAAUUUUUAAUGAAAAAUCCGGUUUUUUCGCUUCAGGACCUCAAAAAUCCAAAAUUUUCGCUCCAGGACCUGAAAAAUCACUUCCAAAUCCAAUUUUUCAUGAAAAAUCCGAUUUUUUCGCUCCAAGACUCACAAAUUCUCUCAAAAACCUAAAUUUUCAUGAAAUUUCAGAAUUUUUAGCUCCAGGACCUCAAAAAUCACUUGCAAAUCCAAUUUUCCAUGAAAAAAUCCGUUUUUUGAGCUUGGGACUUCAAAAAACACUUCAAGACCCAAAUUUUCAUGAAAACUCCGAUUUUUUUGGUCUUGGACCUCAAAAAUUUAAAAUUUUCGCUUCGAAAACUCAAAAAAACACUUCAAGACUCAAAUUCACAUGAAAAAUCGAUCUUUUCGCUCCAGGACCCAAUUUUUCAUCAAAAAUCCAAUUUUCCUCUCUCAACCCCCAAAAACCCCGCAAAUUUUGCAGACGGAAUAAUCCACGACUACGCGUUCUUCUACAAUUCGCCCUUCAAAACCUUAGAUGACGGUUGGACAAGUUUCGAUCCAGAACAAGAAUUCGGACGCCUUCUAACAUCUACAGAUGCCUUCCGAAUUUCUUCAGUCAACGAGAAUUUUGCAGUUUGUCAAAGUUAUCCGGAAAAAGUGAUAGUUCCAAAAGGAAUCGGAGAUGAUUAUUUGAAAAUCUCGGCAACUUUUCGAGAUUCUGCAAGAUUUCCUGUCUUGGCUUAUUUCCAUAAACAAACUCGAAGUCCACUUUUUCGAUGUUCACAGCCUUUAAUUGGACCAACAAAUCGAAGAUGUAAAGAAGAUGAAACGAUUUUGAAUUCAUUGAUUACAAUUAAUCGAGGAUUUAUUAUUGAUACACGUGCUAAAAAUGUGGCCAAUUCUUCGAAAGCAAAAGGAGGUGGUGUUGAACCACAGGUAGGGGAAUUUUCGAGGGGAAAUUCAUGAGUUAUGACGUGGCAAAUGUUAAUUAGCUUGGAAAAAUCGGAUUUUUCAUUGAAAAUUCGAUUAGAAAUGCGAUUUUUCAGCUCAGGUACCUUAGAAAUCCGAUUUUUUCCGUCCUGAUGUUGGAAAACCAAAUUUUUAUGCUCCGAAACCUGAGAAUUGUCAUUUUUUAGCUCCAGAGCAAUAAAAAUCCAAUUUUUCUCAUCCUGAACCUAGAAAAUCCAAUUUUUCAAGCCCUAAGCCCAGAAAAUUGCUCUAGAGCUCAAUUUCUCAUGAAAAAUCCGAUUUUCUUGGUCCUGAACUUGAAAAAUCGUUUCAAGACCUAGAAAAUCUGAAUUUUUCGUUCAUGAACCUAGAAAAUCUGAUUUUCCCGCUCCGAAACCUAGAAGAUCUGAUUUUUUAGGUCCUGAGCCCAGAAAAUUGCUCCAAGAUCCAGAAAAUCUGAAUUUUUCGGUUCGGAACUUGGAAAAUGUGAUUUUUUAUUUUUCGAAACUAAAAAAUCAUGUCUAGACCUCAAUUUGCAUGAAAAAUCUCAUUUUUUGGUUCAGGAACCUUAGAAAUGCAAUUUUUUCGGUCCUGACAGUGAAAAAUCUUAUUUUUCUGUUCCUGAACUUGAAAAAUCACUUCAAGACCCAGAAAAUCUAAAUUUUCCGGUUCGGGACUUGGAAAAUCUGAAUUUUUCAUGAAAAAUCCAAUUUUUCAAGCUCUGAGCCUAGAAAUUUGCUCUAGAGCUCAAUUUUUCUUGAAAAAUCCGAUUUUCUUGGUCCUGAACGUGAAAAUUCGGUCCAAGAUCCAGAAAAUCUGAAGUUUUCGGUCCUGAACUUGGGAAAUCUGAUUUUUUAGCUCCGGAACCUAGAAGAUCUGAUUUUUAGCUCCGGAACCUAGAAGAUCUGAUUUUUUAGGUCCUGAGCCCAGAAAAUUGCUCCAAGAGCCUAAAAAUCGAUAUUUUUCGGUUCGGGACUUGAAAAAUGUGAUUUUUUAUUUUUCGAAACUAAAAAAUCAUGUCUAGACCUUAAUUUGCAUGAAAAAUCUCAUUUUUUUGGUUCAGGAACCUUAGAAAUGCAAUUUUUUCGGUCCUGACAGUGGAAAAUCUUAUUUUUCUGUUCCUGAACUUGGGAAAUCUGAUUUUUUAGCUCCGGAACCUAGAAGAUCUGAUUUUUUAGCUCCGGAACCUAGAAGAUCUGAUUUUUUAGGUCCUGAGCCCAGAAAAUUGCUCCAAGAGCCUAAAAAUCGAUAUUUUUCGGUUCGGGACUUGAAAAAAUGUGAUUUUUUAUUUUUCGAAACUAAAAAAUCAUGUCUAGACCCUAAUUUGCAUGAAAAAUAUCAUUUUUUUUUUGGUUCAGGAAUCUUAGAAAUGCAAUUUUUUCGGUCCUGACAGUGGAAAAUCUUAUUUUUCUAUUCCUGAACUUGAAAAAUCACUUCAAGACCCAGAAAAUCUAAAUUUUCCGGUUCGGGACUUGGAAAAUCUGAAUUUUUCAUGAAAAAUCCAAUUUUAAAGCUCGGACUCUAGAAAAUCGCCCCAGAGCUCAAUUUUUCAUGAAAAAUCCAAUAUUUUCGGUCCUAAACCCAUAAAAUUGCUCCGAGAACCCAAAAACCGAUAUUUUUCGUCUCAAGACUUUCCAAGGUCUAAUUUUUCAUAAAUAAUUAAAUUUUCAGGCUCUGAGCCGUGAAAAUUGCUCCAAGAGCCUAAAAAUCGAUAUUUUUCGUUUCAUUAGCUCUCAAAACUCAAUUUUUCAUGAAAAUGCCAAAUUUGAAGCUUAGCAACCUGAAAAAUAGCAUUUUGUAAUGAAAAAUCGAAUUUUUUCGGUCCUGAGCCCAAAAAAUUGCUCCGAGACCCAAAAAAUCGAAAUUUUUCAUGAAAAAUUAAAUUUUUCCACUCCAGGCCUCUGAAAAUCCCCCCAAACCCCAUUAUUUUUUUCAGGGUAACUACCGUCAAUGGCGCUACAUCCACUGCCCAAUUCCCCGCCAACGUGAAAUCCACGACUCACUAACCAAAAUGGUCGACGUGUGUUCCGAACGCAAAAUCGCAUCCGAUCGCUACGUCAGCCGCUUGGCGUCUUCCGGUUGGCUUGCGGUAGUUGCCGCGUCAAUCGAAUGCGCGGCAAAUGUUGCGCAAUGUAUUGCGGCGGACGCGGAUGAAAAAGAGGUUCCGGUUGUGUUGCAUGGCGGUGAGGGAACGGAUACGACGUUGAUUGCGUCGAGUUUGGCACAGAUUAUUUUGGAUUCCGAUGCCAGGACUAUUAGGGGGUGAGAAUUGGGGAUUUUGGAGCGAAAAAAUCGGAUUUUUCAUAUUUUUUUGGUCCAGGAGCCUGAAAAUCGCAAUUUUGAGGUCUGAGAGCUGAAAAUCCGGAAUUUUCAUAUUUUUUUGGUCCAGGAGCCUGAAAAUCGCAAUUUUGAGGUCCGGGAGCUGAAAAUUCUGAAUUUUCAUUAAAAAUUGGAUCUUGGGCUGAUUUCUGGGCUCCAGGACUGAAAAUUUCGAAUUUUUCGUGAAAAAUUUGGUCUUGAAGCGAUUUUUCAGCUCCAGAAGCUUGAAAAUCACAUUUUCAAGGUUCUGGAGUUGAAAAUUCGGAUUUCUCAUGAAAAAUUUGGUCUUGGAGCGGUUUUUGAGUUCCAGGAGCUGGAAAAUCGCAUUUUCGAGGUCCUGAUGCUGAAAAUUUGAAAUUUUCAUGAAAAAUUUGGUCUUGCAGCGAUUUUUGAGCUCCAGGAGCUCCAGGAGCCUGAAAAUCGCAAUUUUGAGGUCCGGGACUUGAAAAUUCGGAUUUUUCAUCAAAAUUUGGGUCUUGGGCUGAUUUUUGAGCUCCAGGACUGAAAAUUUCGGAUUUUCCGGGUCCCUGGCUUUUUUUUGAAGCAUUGCUCAGGUUAAGAAAAUUUGGAAUUUUGAGGAUUUUGAAGUAUUGCUCAGGUUAAGAAACUUCGAAAUUUUGAGGAUUUUGAAGCAUUGCUCAGGUUAAGAAAAUUCUAGGAUAUAAUGUUUUUGAGGAUAAGGUUUUGUUAACCUGAGCAAUGCUCUUAAUUCCUGAGAAAUUCGAAUUUUUCUAACCUGAGCAAUGCUUUGCAAUUUAAAAAAAUGAAAAUUUUCAUUUUCUUAACAUGAGCAAUGCUCUAAAAUCCUGAUAUUUCCGAAUUUUUCUAAAUUUUGUUUAACAUCAGCAAUGCUCCAAAAAUUAGAAAUCUUUGGCUCAAAAUUCUUUAACCUGAGCAAUGCUCUAAAAUCUUUAAAAAUCGGAGUUUUUGGCUUAAAAUUGUUUAUUAACCUGAGCAAUGCUCUGAAAAUGUUCAAAUUUAACCCAACAUGCACCAUUGCUCAUCUUAAGCCCCCCAAAUCAAUGAAUUUUGCAGUUUCGAAGCGGUCAUCGAACGCGAAUGGAUAUGCGGCGGUCAUCCGUUCUCACUCCGCAACAAUCAUUCCGCGUACGCGGAAGGAACAAUCACCGGACCAUUCGAAUCCCCGGUUUUCCUGGUUUUUUUGGAUUGUGUCCAUCAACUUCUUCAACAAUAUCCACUUUCCUUCGAAUUCGACGAGCAUUUUUUGAUUUUCUUGUUCGAGCACACUUAUGCCUCAGAAUUCGGCUCAUUUUUGGGCAAUUCCGAAAAAGAGAAACGCGAUUUUUCGGUGAAAUCGAAAACGGUUUCACUUUGGUCACAUGUUCAUCAUCCGGAAAAUUUGAAGCAAUUUGUCAAUUUGUGCUAUGAUCCACGGCCUGGAGUCAUUUGGCCAAGUAUUGCACCGCAGAGCAUUGUGAGUUUGAUUUUUUUUUGGGGUUUGGGAUCUUUAAACCCCGAUUUUUCCGGUCCUGAGCUUUGAAAAUCUGAUUUUUCUGGUCCGGAACCUUGAAAAUCUGAUUUUCCCGGACCUGAACUUUGAAAAUCCAAAUUUUUUGCUUUGGGACCUUGAAAAUCCGAUUUUUCCGGGCUUGAUCCUUGAAAAUCUGAUUUUUCCGGGCUUGAGCCUUUAAAAUCCAAAAUUUUCACAUGUUUUCGCUUUGGGACCUAGAAAAUCCGAUUUUUCGGGCUUGAGCCGUGAAAAUCCAAAAUUUUCCCUCCAGAACUUGAAAAAUCUGAUUUUUCCGGGCUUGGGCCUUGAAAAUCUGAUUUUUCCGGCCCUGAACCUUGAAAAUCCAAAAUUUUCCCUCCAGAACUUGAAAAUCCCAUUUUUUUCAUCCCGGGACCUUGAAAAUCCAGAUUUUCCGGGCUUGAGCCUUGAAAAUCCAAUUUUUCUGGGCUUCAGCCUUGAAAAUCCAAUUUUUCUGGGCUUGAGCCUUGAAAAUCUGAUUUUUAGCCUAAAAUUUCACGAAAUUACAAAUUUUCAGCUCAGAAAUUGUUUAACCUGAGCAAUGCUCCAAAAAUAUUUUGAAAAAAAGCACAUUUUUAUAGCUAACAUUUUUUCUUAACAUGAGCAAUGCUCCAAAAUCCUCAAAAAUUGCAAUUUUCGGCUCAAAUUUGAUUAACCUGAGCAAUUCUACAAAAUAUUCAAAAGUUGCAAUUUUUCUAAUAUGAGCAAUGCUCCAAAAUCCUCAAAAAUUACAAUUUUUCUAAAAUGAGCAAUGCAAAAUCUCUAAUUUUUUAAAAUUCUUAAUUUUCACCUCAAAAUUUGUUUAACCUGAGCAAUGCUUCAAAAUUUCAAAAAAAAAUCUGCCAAACAAUUUUCAGCACGAAAAUUUGAAAAAUCAAAUUUUUCAAAGCCCUAGACCAAUUUUCUAUGAAAAAAUCGAUUUUUUCACCUUGGAACCUCCAAAAAACCAAAUUUUACCCCGAUUUUCAGCGUGUCUGGGAGCGUCUAUUUUUCCGCUGGCAACGUCUCGAAAAAUCGUGGUCCACACCGGAAUCCGAAACAAUUCAAAGUUUGGCCGACAACUGGAAAUUACGCGAAAAAGAGCUGACAAUGAAGGCAAAUGCGCUCCGUCGAAAUAUUGUCGAACUAACUAGAGAACUUCGAGCAUUAUCCUAG